CAGCAGCCGAUUUGUGCUUUAAAUCUGCAAAGUUCUCCAAUAUUCGCCACCGGAGGCGAUCGAUUCGACGCGGCCUAUCACUCGGCGCGCGCAGACCAGGGGCAUCGCCGCUCUUGAUUCACCAACAACGGCCUAGUGCAACUGUCACUUCACUCUGUGGGAGUUGCUGUACCUUUCAAUUGUUUCUCCCUCGUCUUCACUCUAUCUUUUCUAGCACAAGUCGUUCUUUGAAGAGCUGCACACCUGCUCAACACUUUUACCCUACACUUGAGCUUUUGACUAUCAACUACAAUGGCGCUUCGGCGUUCAACUCGAAAGUCAGCAGCUGGAGUGGCGAACGACAACGUCGCUGCUAUAACACCAGCCCAAGUCCUCAUAGACCCUUCCUCGAGCAAGAAGCGCAACCGUACUUCUCGCUCAGCCGUGCCGAAUUCCUCCGACAACGACGAUGAUAUUCUCGAUAUCGAGCCGACUAUGUCUUCAGCACAAGUUCGGCGCAUCCUGAAACAGGUUUCAAUACCCAUCAUGAGCACCAAGCAGGCUACUGCACCAGCCACUGCUCCGCAGGCGGAGUCAGAAACCUCGAACGGGACUCCCUCUCUCGACAACUCCGACUAUGAUACACCCGGUACAAGCAUAUCGAACACCCCAGCUGUCUCCUUUGGGCGCAAUCAGGGCGCAGCUCGCAAGAGUGGGCUGAGAAAGGCUGUCACACCUCGAGCUCGCACCACCAUUGAAGAUACGGACGAGGAGAUCAAUGCGGUGGGUCUAGAUGCUGAGCUUGCUCUGCAGAUGCAGAUAGAGGAGGACGAAAACGAACACCGCAGCAAGCGCCGGAGAAUCGAGGAGGUUCAUGACGAAGAGGACGAGAUUGCGGACGUCUACGCACCACGAUCACGAGCGAAGCCCGCACCCUACAAGGGCAAGGGUAAAGGGAAGGCGAGGCUGGGGUCGGACAUCGAGACCGACGACGACGCAGACUCGCUGCUCGAAGAGUUGAUCUUAGAACCCACCUACACUGGAAAGGGCAAGGGUAAAACGACCACCGAAGAGGUCUCGCGCCGUCGCAGUCGUUCCAGCCGACCUAACGCGAGCCGUAACGCCAUCCUCGACGAUAUCAUUAGCGACCUCGAGGAUUCCGAGGAAGAGGACGAGUUCAAACCAGAGGAUGCCGGCUCGCCAAUCGAUAUUAGUGAUAUCGAAAGCUCAGCCGUCGACAAUAGUGAAGAAGAGCCGUUGAUGGUAGCCAGCGCGCGCCUCAAGAAGGUGUCGGCAAAGGAACUCAAGCGUACACGAGGCAAGAAGUUACUUACACAUGCCGAGAAGAUCGAGAAGCGGAGACGAAUGGCGAGAUACGCACACAUUGAGGACAAGUGGGAGCGGAAGCGCGCCAUGAACCGCGAGCGAGCAGAGCAGCAACACCCGAAGCUGCGCACUAUGUGGGACGACCUCCAGAAGAUUCCAGUUCUACCCGUUGAGAGAGCAGAGCAACCCAAGACGAUCACCCGACGGUUGAAGCCAUUCCAACUUGAAGGCCUCAGUUGGAUGAUCCGCCAAGAGCAGACUCAGUACCGAGGCGGUCUCCUUGGAGACGAGAUGGGUAUGGGUAAAACCAUCCAAGCCGUCUCGCUCAUCAUGUCUGACUACCCCGCCAAGGCGCCUACGCUCGUUUGUGUGCCACCAGUCGCGCUGAUGCAGUGGUCCAACGAGAUCCGAGAGUACACCGAGAAUAAGCUCAACGUUCUCGUCUACCACGGCACGAACGCGAAGUGUAAGAAGAUGACCGUCAAGGACUUGAAGAAGUUCGAUGUCAUCAUGGUGUCCUACAACAGCUUGGAGUCUCUGCACCGCAAGGAGAUGAAGGGCUGGAGCCGUGGAGAGGACAUCAUCAAGGAGGCGUCUCCACUUCACGCCAUCCACUUCCACCGUCUCAUCCUUGACGAAGCACACAGCAUCAAGUCCCGCAACACUGGUGUCGCAAAGGCUUGCUUCGCACUCACAGGCACCUACAAGUGGUGCUUGUCAGGCACUCCGGUGCAGAACCGCAUUGGAGAGUUCUUCUCCCUUUUGCGUUUCCUUGAGGUUCGUCCAUUCGCUGACUACUUCUGUCGUUCUUGCAAAUGCGAGAAGCUACAUUGGGCUACGGACGACGAUCACAUGUGCGUUGCUUGCAACCACGGUGCAUCUGAGCACAUCUCGGUGUUCAACCAGGAGCUACUCAACCCCAUCACUGGUGACGAUGUAGACCUCCGCGAGCAGGCACUUUCUAAACUACACAUGAUCACGGCUCGCAUCAUGUUGCGCCGCAUGAAGCGCGACCACACCAACUCCAUGGAGCUGCCGAUGAAGGACGUCGUGAUCCAUAAUGAGUUCUUCAGCGAAGUCGAGCGCGACUUCUCAACUUCGAUCAUGUCAAACUCCAACCGCAAGUUCGACACCUAUGUCGCCCAGGGUGUCAUGCUCAAUAACUAUGCCAACAUCUUCGGUCUGAUUAUGCAAAUGCGCCAAGUCGCCAACCACCCUGAUCUUCUCCUGAAAAAGAACGCAGCAGAAGGAAGCUCAAACGUUUACGUCUGCAACAUCUGCGACGAACCCGCCGAAGACGCCAUCCGCUCCCACUGCCGCCACGAGUUCUGCCGCGCUUGCGUCAAAGACUACAUGGACACAUGCGAAGCAUCUGGCACCGACGCCGACUGUCCGCGCUGCCACAUCGCUCUGACCAUCGACUUCGAGCAGCCUGAGCUCGAGCAGGACGAAGACUCGGUCAAGAAGACGUCUAUAAUCAACCGCAUCAAAAUGGAGAACUGGACCAGCUCGACCAAAAUCGAGAUGCUGGUGUACGAUCUGUACAAGCUGCGCAGUAAGAAGCAGACGCUCAAGUCGAUCGUAUUCAGUCAGUUUACGUCUAUGCUGCAGUUGAUCGAAUGGCGUCUACGUCGCGCGGGUUUCAACACGGUCAUGCUCGAUGGUAGUAUGACGCCUGCUAUGCGACAGAAGAGUAUCGAUCAUUUCAUGACGAAUCCGGACGUGGAGGUCUUCCUCGUAUCACUGAAGGCUGGUGGUGUGGCGCUCAACCUAACGGAGGCGUCGAGGGUGUUCAUUGUUGAUCCAUGGUGGAACCCCGCUGCUGAAUGGCAGUCCGCCGACCGAUGCCACCGCAUCGGCCAGAAGCGUCCUUGCGUGAUCACUCGUCUGUGUAUCGAAGACAGUGUCGAGUCUCGUAUGGUUGCGCUGCAAGAGAAGAAGGCAGCCAUGAUUGCUGGAACCGUCAACAACGACAAGGUCGCUAUGGAUCGUCUGAGUCCUGAGGACUUGCAGUUCUUGUUCCGUGGUUCGUAGUAGGUAAAUGGCUCUUCCAUGUGGUACAGAUGUUACGAUAGGUUUUACAAGGUGUCUAGGUGCGGAGUGUAUAUCACGGCGUUCAUACGAGGGUCAUGGCGGUCUUCAGACAGGCGCAUGUACUCUUCCGACGCAAUUCAAAGGCUCUCAAAGAUGUUGAAGUACGAGGUGCAAAUGGAAUACGGAUCCCAGAGUAUAGCUAGCUCAUCACCCUCAACGAACAAAGCGUGA